AUGCCCGUUACGCGAGCAUUAAUCACCAAACCCGCAGCAUGGAGUUCCCUGGAGCGACGCCGCAACGCUAUUACAAAACCACGCACUGAAAGUGAUCUCGCCAACACAUCUGACCCUCUCGUUCUUACGCAUACGACCUCUCUCUCCUCAGCUCCGCAUCACCAUCAGGUUUCCACCCUAUGGGACGAGAGGGAACAUGAGGCGUCAACGAGCCCACACAAGGGACCCUGCAUGUUAAUUGGGUGUCAUGGAUAUGCGGUUAACGAUGGUGUGGCCCCACGUCCAAACGGAUGCGAAAAUACACAAUCCGUGGCGUUUGUGCCACACAAAAACGAAUGUGCGGAGGCGUGUUGCAGCUCCUGCGGGGCGCCCGUACCAGAUGGCUCGCUGCGGCUGACGGUGUUAGACCCCUGGGGGCAAAACGAAGAAGCUGCCAGCAACUACCUAGGUGGUCACUUUGAAGGGAGCGAAGGAGAGCGACAACAGCGUGCGUUCACCGCGGAAAGAGGUCCAAGUAUUAGUAGCAGCAGAAAAAACGUUUGCCCUACUGACGAUGGGGUAGACCUACUUCGCCGUCACCACAGCAAGCGUUCUCUCCGUGCAGGGGCAUUAGAGGAUGGUGCUGACACAGGACGUUAUCCAUUCAAAGAAACUGAGGACAAUGCGCUCCUCAGCUCUGGUGUGGAUGAGGAGUGUGGGGCACAACAGGGUUCAGCGCAUACUUCGACCCCUGCCUGCACGCGGGCGAGCGCCAUUGCUAUUUCACUGUUUCAGCGGCUGUUAGGGCAAACCAUGCUAUCACAAUACUUUAAUGCAUGGUGGAGAUUUAUUCUGUUGAAGACCCAUAAGCCAAAGGGGACAAACGCCUUGGCGCUUGCGGCGCCUGGAGCUGCCUCGCAGGGUUCGGACCCAUCACGUUAUCACGUCUCUGCCCCCGCGCAUUUCGAAGCUAGCCGGAUACCGUUGGGGUGGAGAGAGUUCUCUGAAUCUCCGGAAUUUAUAGGUAGCACGGCUUUCGUGGGAGAAGAGGUGCUGAGGGCGGGGCCUAAUUUUGGACAUUUGUUCACUGCUAGCGGAGAGCGGGGCACGCAUUCGUCUCGGUGUUUGGUGUCGAUGAAUCCUGCGUUAUCUGGCGAAUUGACUGAAUGUCUUUCGCUCUCUCCCACCCAUCAACGUUCACUCGUCCCACGUCGAUUGCGGCACCGUGGAAUCGAUGGGCGCUCACGACAAGGGGGCCUGGAUCACACACACGUUGCACGGCCCCUGGACUGGAGUGGUCUGCUGGAAGGCGAGGAGGUGGCGGCCCGCAUCUCCCUCAAAGGUGAAGAAGCAAGACAGCGAUGCGAGCUUCAGUCGAACGCACAAUGUGUAAUGGACAAUCUUCUCAUGAUUGCCCUCUGCGGAAAGAGGCGGGUCUCCCUCCCCGUAUCUCUCCGUGCAAAGGCCUUUGUGCAGGUGGAGGAGGCUGACACAAUAGAAAACUGUUCAACGCCGCACUUCGUCGAGGCGAAUCAGCUCCGCCUACCGUUAAGGCCACGAACUAAGUGGGAGGGAGGUGUUCCCUUUUCCGGAGGUACCGCGGUAAGUCCUGGGGCAGAGGGACAUGCCUCCUACCGUGACCGAACCCCCAUAUCUUCUGACAAAUAUACAAGAGAAGGAAGCUUAGGUGAGGCACCUGCAGAGCCACAGCUGGAGAAGGUUUUAGCAGCAGCCGCAUCAACGCCAGAGACUCAUUUGAGUAGAAACAAAUUCCCCGACCCUCCUCUACACGAUAAUUUUUAUAUGGACUGUGAUGAAUGGAAAGGUGAAGGUUUGCCCUGCAGCGACCAUACGCAUGGUCUAUCCAGCUCUCCCGGGGCGGAGGUUAAUACAGGGGUUCCGCAAGGGACUCAGGAGGUGGUAUUCCCUCUGCCAACAGCAGGUGCAGUUGCCCCAACUCAGUCCACUCCACAGCGUGAAAUUGAGUAUACGACAGCAAAUACACCUAUCACUCUGGCACGGACGAAUCGCAAGGGAUUGCCACUUACUGUGCCAGACGGUCUGUGGUGCUCGGAGCUACACAUCAGGGAGCGGUUGCGCCGUCGCCAACUUGUGGCAAAAUAUUGCGAAGGCCUUGAACUCAUCAUCUACGCAUGUUUCAGUGACGCCGUUCAACUUGCUUAG